AUGCCUUCGGUGACCAUCCUCCUGGGUAUCGCCCUGGUGCUCAUUCUGGGCACUAGCGACGCCAGGCAGCUGGAGCGCUGCGAGAUCGUCACUGAGCUGAAGAGGAACGGGAUAAACAGCGACCUCAGAAACUGGGUAUGCCUUGUGGAGUCUGCGAGCGGAGGCAGAACUGACAGGAAGGGACCCCGCAACAAUGACGGCAGCAACAGCUACGGCUUGUUCCAGAUCAGCAGCAAGCACUGGUGUGGCGUCGGCAGGGUGGGUGGUGAAUGCCGUGUUAAAUGUGAAGAUUUGCUGAACAACAACCUGUCGGACGACGUGCGGUGUGCCAAGAAGAUCUUCCAGCAGCACGGCUUUCGUGGCUGGAGCGGCUGGAGGAGAAACUGCGACGGAAAGCCGCUGCCCAACAUCUCGCGCUGCUGAUUCCGCACUCCACUGCGUGCCGAACGCGCCAUGUUUUCAUCAGAAUCUAUCUGAAACCCUGCACUGCUGUGUCAAAGAUUCUGCGCUUCAGUAUUUUGUCCAUACAGAAUGUUAGCUGCAAAAUGUAUCUUAUGUUCUACAUUAACAAAGUUAUCUACCAAAUCCAUUCUUCUGUUGUUUGCAUUGCAUGUUAACUGCCAAAUAUAUACUAUCACAGUGUU